AUGAGUUGCAGAACUGCCCCCAAAAAUAUCACUUGUUGGAUAUUAUCGGCUGCACUGGUUUUCAUCUACUUUAUCGUAAUUGGCUAUGUCAGAUAUUUCGAUGGUUACUGGCUAUACCCAAUCCUAACACUUUUUGCUAUUGAGCACUUUGUGAUCAGUUACAUUUUGGCGUUCUUCGGAUUCUUCUUAUUGACAAAAUCGGCAUGUUUGCUGAAUAAUUUCUUCCACAAUUCAUCAACGACACCAACUGUCGUGAGGACAAAGAAAACAAAAAAACAACAUUAA